AUUGUCGGAAUCAACCCUGUAACCGCAAGUUCGUUCGAUGACUGCUUGUCACUUUGCACAGCCCAAGGCAGUGUAUGCGUCGGCAUAACUUUUGGUAAAUUUGGUGGUUCUGACCCGCAAUGUUAUUUGAAAAAAAAGAUGGCAGCUGCUUACCUCACUCCGACUUACGUCGUGGACUCUGCUCUCCGUAUCUCGGGCCCCAAUGGAGUCAGUCAGUCGCUCGUCGCCAACGGUGGCUUCGAGACUGGAGAUCUCACCGGCUGGACAGGAGGCCAGACUUCCGUACAAUAUUCCGUACAAUAUUCCGUCGCACAAGCUCUAUGGCCUUCCCUCUCAGUGUCGUCAACUCACGCCCCUUAUCAACCCUAUCCAUCAGCGGUGCUCUCAAGCAGGUCUUUUCCCCAGUACCCUCAUCCUCGAUGAGUGGCUUCUAUGGCCACGCCGAGAUAGUAGUCAACCCGGCUGGCACCACACCCCCUACCCGUUUCAAGACGAAUGAUCAGUGCUCGGUUUACCUCAACACUGACGGUGGUGUUGUCUAUGCGGGUAGCUUCAAAUACGACGCCAACACGCCGUCUAUACGCACAAAGGUUGAUGUCAGCGGCACAUUUACUCAGGCGCCCUCUUUCCUGAGCCUGCAGGCGUCGUGCCAAGGAAGCUACGACAUGACAAUCGCCUUUGACAAUGUGGUCCUCAAUGUCUUCGAGAUCAGAUCCAACGCGAAUGCUAUUGUGCCUCAGCGCAAGCAAGUCAUUGUCAACGGCGAUUUCUCCAACGGUUUCGACGGCUGGAGAUUUGGAUCCGGCACCCAGCGUUCGACCUAUGACGUUUCCAAUGGCCAGGCCAUCAUCCGCUUCACAAACAUUCACCAAACUCUAGAAUCGCCUACAUAUGUCAUUCAAAACACCCCGCUUCUGGAACUGGGGCAGACGUUCAGCCUGUCCGCAGAUGUGUGGGCUCAGGUGCCAGGCGGCUCGUCUUGCUUCCUCGGCUUGACCGCCGGAAACGUGCAAGUGUGGAAAGUGGACAAGGUGGGUGGUUAUCAAUCAUGGACCAUCAGAGAUGCAAGGGGUGUGACUACAUAUGAUAGUCCAGAAUUAGUCUUCUACGUGACAUGCACGGGUACAGCUAACCCUACAAUGGGGAUAGACAACGUUGUUCUCUACCACAAUAUUUAGAGUCUAGUACAUAGCACAUAUUCGAAGAGAAUCGAGAUGUCUCCAAGGACCAUUUAUAUUUAAGAAGAGCGAUCA